ACAAAUUUUUAUAACAUCUGUGACGAAAAACUUCGAGUACAAAACGGCCUUUUAAGAUCGCCAGCGAUACACCACUCGACACACUUCUUGACCAACACUCUUGUCGAUUCACUUUCAUUCACCACUAUGAACUUGGUUUUCUUUAUUCUCAUUGUCUUUAUUGUUUUCAAUGCGGGAGUUGAUUGCAGACGAAGAAGGAUGGUUAUUGAUGACGUAAUUCGGCAGAAACGAGCAAUGCUUUUCCGGGAAGAUAUGAUAGUAAAACACGACAAUCCAAUUUGAAAAUGACAAUUUACUCUACUUAGUCAUUUUUCUUUAAUUAUCAUUUUUCGAGUCUAAAUCAUGCUUUAAUUUGAUCAAUCAUUUAAUUUCUGUCUUGAAACAAAAACGAAAGCUAAUAAAAAUGUGUACCUGUGAA